CCCCUCCCGCUCCCGGAAUCUCUAACUUCCCCCGCUCCCCCUCCCCCUGUUUUUCUUCUCUCUGCGAAAAUCCAAUAAGAAAUCUUAAAGUUUUAGUUUCUGUUUUUUCGGGUGUGCAAUCGAUUCAUAUUUUCCUGUCCGAGAUGCUUGAAUCUGUCUGGUUUCUUUUAAAAAAGGAUGAACCUCAGAAUCCCUGCAGCUAGGGUUCUUAUCAGCUCGGCAGCCACUGGUGUAGCUGUGUAGCCAACAAAUUGGUGCUGGUUCCCCAUUUCCUCAGACUAUAUGGCUGAGACAGGAGAUGCAGGUCGCUUGCCAACAUCCCUUGAUGUGCUGGCUUCAGAUGUUCACUCCAGGCUGGAGUUCCACAGGUAUGCCUUCAUGGACUGUGUUGGCAUAAAAAAUGCGCUUCACUGUGUCAUCGAAGAAAGGGAAAACCUCCAGCAACGACAGAAUGCGAUUGACCAACUGGUUGCUGAAAAGGACAGCCUCACUAAAAAGAAUGAAGAGCUGGCAGCAGAACUUGAAUCUCUGAAGGAACAGCUCCAAGCAAGGGAAUCGAGCGAUCAACAGCAGGGAAGUGGUUUUCAGCAGAGCCACUCUGGAAUGGCACACCCAAGAUUAAUGCCGAAAAGGAAACGGCAAUCUGGAGAUGAAGAUGUUGAUGAGCAUGAGCUUAUGGAAGAUCUUUCCGUUAUAGAUAAUCCUGAUCAAGUUUUAAACACUGAGCUCGAGGCUACUAGAAAGGAAAUUUCUGAUAUCCACUCUAAGCUGAUUGAGGGGUUCACUGAUCUUAGUACUACUGGAGGAAGGAAUAUCGCCCUAAAAAACAUAGGGCAAUUGGAUGACAGGCCAUUCCUGGCGGCAUGCCGUAAGAAGCUGCCUGCCGAAGAAGCAAGAGAAAAAGCUAAAGAAGUACACCGUGUUUGGCAGGGGCAUAUACAGAACCCAGAGUGGAAUCCCUUCAAGACUGUCACAGUUGAAGGUAUCCCGAAGGAGAUUAUUGAUGUCGAUGAUGACAAGCUGCAAGGGCUAUGUGCUGCAUGGGGUGAAGGGGUGCACAAGGCUGUGGUGAGUUGUUUGGUAGAAAUUCAAGAAAGUGGCAGGCUGGGAGAUAGAAACAUUGUACCCGAGGUCUGGAAUUACAAGUGCAAGAGAAAAGCCACUCACAGUGAGAGCAUCGAGUACUUGUUCGGUCAAGUGAAGCGUCUGAGUGACGCGAAAUCCAGAACCCGCAGCGCAAGAUGACCUUGUAGGGGCGUGGUGGUGCAACAGGAUGAUGACCCACAGUGGCUAGGUAGAACCAGUCUGAAGGAUUAACUAACUCAUGGUGAAGAACUGAAGACUGGAAUUGUCUAUGAAACGCAUCGCAGAACAAUGUUGGGAGUUAUGUGUUAUGUAUAUCUGUUUGGUACCCGUUUAUAACCUCUGUUAGAGUGCCGGUAUUAAGCUUUUGCGUGCAACUCUUUUACCAGCAUAUCAGAACAAUGUUUCAGUAUUCUGCUAGACUCAGCGGUAUCUAGUUUAGUGUGAACUCUGAAGUUCGAUAUUUAACGUGCAAGACGUUUCUAUGAA